AUGUACGAGUCUGACGGGGAGGACCCCGUGAUCCCAACAAUGCCGACGUUUGAGCCCUGUCCCGCUCCGAAGACGAAAUCGGGGGAUAUGUUUGUCCCAAUCAACAAGGAGACAGCAAAGCUCCUGAGCAUGAGCUCACAGCUCGCCUAUACGACGAUGGAUCUCGACUCAUCAAAGCUGCAAGCCAUGAACCUGGCGGCUGCUCUCGAGACCAAGAACGCCGAGCUUCAGCAGCUCAAGGCCAACUUGGAAAAGGAGAGGAUAAAGUCAGAAGCCUUGAGAAAAACUGUCAGAGACAAUACAGUACUUGUACAGAACAAAGCCAUCGAGAAGCUCAAGAACGGGUAUAUAAAGCAACUAGCCAAUAAGUAUGAUGUAGAUCACAGCCACUCGGCCGUAAUUGUUCUGAGGCUUCAGGAGGUGGCGCUGCGUGCAUCCCUAAAGUUGACUGAGAAGCAUCGAGACGAGGCUUUUGCCCAGACGCUCAGGAUGCAACAGCGUGUGGAGGAUAUGGAAGAGGACGUGGCCUGCAUGAAUGAGCUCCUGCAAGCCAACGAGGAUCUCCGCUGGCUUUCCGGGGAACACAAGCGCGAGAUCCAAAGGCUGCACGGCAUGGAGAACAAGGUGGAUCGUAUCGAUGCCAUCAUCAGGAAGUCGUUUGAGAAUGCGGACACCAAGAUGAUCAGUCUCAACGGCUUCUACGAUACCGAAGGAUUCCUUCAGCUGUUGCUCGACCGCGACAGAUCCAGGGCCAGGGAGCUGGAACACGUCAAGAAACAGUUGGCUGAGGCUAAAAACACCAAAAUGGAAUCACCCAAAAAGGAAGAACUUAUCCCGAGGAAGAAUCGACAGAAAAGGCGGUGGCAAACGUCUCGACAUAAUUGA